GCCGGGGCGCGCGGGGAGGGGCCGGGGGCGCGCGGCGGCCUUUGCACCGCCGGGGCUCGCGCAGCACCGCACCGCACCGCGCAGCACCGCACCGCACCGCACCGCACCGCACCGCACCGCACCGCCGGGGCUCGCACCGCCUGGCAUUGCACCGCGCCGCCGGGCCUUGCACCGCAGCAGAGGCCUUGCACCGCACCGCACCGCAGCGCCGGGAGGCCGCGCACAGCCGGGCCCGCUCCGCAUGCCGGCCCGCGGUAGCCGCUGCCAUGCGGCGGAGCGGAGCGGCUGCGCGGUCAGCGUGCGGGGCCCGGCGGAGGCGGCGGGGCCCUGGAGCUGCAGCGGCGUGGUGCUGAGCUGGGACCCGGCCGUGGUGCUGUGCCACGGCGCCGUCUUCGCCGCCCUGCUGCGGGACGGCCCGGCGGCCUGGGCGCGGCGCGAGGCGCUGCCGCCCGGCGCCCUGCGGCCCGGCCUGCGGGUGCGGGUGCUGCGGCCGGCGGGGCCGGGCGGGCGGCCGCGGCGGCACGAGGCCCGGCUGCUGGCACUGGUGCCCUGCGCCGCCUUCGCCGAGGCGCUGGCGGGGGCGGCGGCCGGGGCCGAGCCGUGGCGCUUCGGCGGCGAGCCAGCGGCCGAGCCGCGGGCGCUGGGCUGGUUCGGCCUGCUGCGGGCGCCGGGGCUGGACGGCGGCGGCGGCGGCGGGUGGACGGCGCGCGGGGCGGCGGCGGCGCUGCGCAAGGGGCAGGCGCUGGUGGCCUGCGGCUCGCCCUUCGGCGCGCUCUGCCCCGACCUCUUCCUCAACACGCUGAGCGCCGGCGUGCUGAGCAACGCGGCGGGGCCCCGCAACGCCCUGCUGCUCACGGACGCCCGCUGCCUGCCCGGCACUGAGGGCGGCGGCGUGUUCGCGGCGGCGGAGGCGCGGCUGGUGGGCGUCGUGGCGGCGCCGCUCUGCUGGAAGGGCCGCGAGUGCCUGGGCCUGGCGCUGGUCUGCUCCCUCGACGCCAUCUUGAGCAGCGCCGCCGCCAUCUUGGAGCAGGCCGGGGCCGUCCCGCCGCCGCUGCCGCCGCCGGACGAGGACGAGGACGAGGAGGAGGCGGCCGGGCUGAUGCCGGCGCUGCUGCGGCACGCGGCCCUGGUGCAGUGCGGCUCCGCGUGGGGCUCGGGCGCCCUGCUGGGGCCCCGGCUGCUGCUCACGUGCCGCCACGUGCUGCAGCCCGGCGCCCGCGUCACCGUCCGCGCCGCGGCCGCAGGGGGCGCCGCGCUGGCGGGGCGCGUGGUGUUCGCCAGCGCCGAGGAGUCGCCCUUCGACGUGGCCGUGGUGGAGCUGGAGCGGAGCUUGCCGGGCCUGGCCCCGCCGCGCCUGGCCGCCCGCUUCCGCCCCGGGGAGGCCGUGAGCGUGCUGAGCUUCGGCGGCCUCGGCGGCGCCUGCGGGCCCUCGGUGACGGCCGGCGUGCUCUCGGCCGUCGUCGCCGUGGCCGGCCGGCCCGUGAUGCUGCAGACCACCUGCGCCGUGCAGGCCGGCGCCAGCGGCGCGCCCCUCUUCGCCACCCGCACCGGGCACCUCCUCGGCAUCGUGGCCAGCAACGCCAAGGACACCAGCGUGGGAGCCACCUACCCGCACCUCAACUUCAGCGUGCCCAUCACGCUGCUGCGGCCCGCCCUGGCCCGCUACCGCCGCACCGGCGACCCCGCCGCCUUCGCCGCCCUGCACGGGGCCGCUGCGGAGGGGGCACGCGCCGUCUGGCGGCUCCAGCGGGCCCCCCCGGGGGUGCCCUUUAGCAAGCUGUGACCCCCCCCCCACGGGCGCAGGGCCUCGGCGGCACCUCGAAAAUUGAGAUUUUUUUUUUUCUUUGUGGUUUUUUUUGUUUGUUUUUUCCCCUGUUCCUUGAGGCACAAACGCUGCUUGCAGGGCAUGCAAGAGAGCGCAGCACACUGGAGCAGUGCCUGGGCGUGCAUCCCUUUGGAAAGGGGUUUCCCCCCCCCAAAAAGAAACCCAAAUAGCUGUUUGCAAUAAAGGGGUUUCAGCAGCUGC